AUGGCGGCACCCUCGGCGCUGACGCUAUGGGCGAGUCGCGACGUGACGUCCAUCGUGCUGUCGUCUGGCUGCGACUCCAUCGACGCGCUGCUCGACGGCGGCUUUCGCUCGGGUUUGCUGACUGAAGUCUGCGGCGAAGCUGGUGCUGGGAAGACGCAGGUGGGUCUCCAGUUGUUACUUCAGUGCCGUCUGCCGCGCUCCCUCGGGGGGCUGCAAGGCACAGCGUGUUACAUUUGCACGGAAGGCGUCAUCUCCAUCAAACGACUGCACGAGCUGGCGCACGUCUAUGCACGGCGACAUGACAAAGCGGCUGUUUUCGGUGGAAGGGGGAAAGGAAACGCCGUGAAGUAA